UGAAGAAGAAAUCAAGAAUUGGGUAUGUCCCGAAUGCAAAAUGAAUACACCAAAAGGAGAUAAUUCCAACACACCCAUUCGUGGAGGCUAUGGAGCAGAUAAAUCAUUUCCAUCUUCUAGCUUCGUAAAUAACCAGCGAGGUUCGCGUAAGCCACUCAAAGAUAAUUUGGUGUCCUGUACAAAUUUGGACAAAAUAAUAUUGGAGGAGCUUCGCGAAUUUAGAACAGAAAUGAGAUUGCGUCUUGAUGAGCAAAUAAAACUAAAUGAAACACUACAAUUAAGGCUCUCAUGCGCCGAAAAGGAGCUGAUGGAGGUAAAAGCAGCAAUGAAUGCGUCAUCAAAAGAAACAUGCAGCAUUACAGAAAAAGCUGUUUUAACGAAGGAACAGGGUUCUGGUGUGGAUCAUGAUAAAGUCCAUAAAAAUCUACAAAAAGAUAGGAAUAUACCUUCAUCAUCUUCAUUGAGGGUACUUUUAAAAAAUAAUCAGGUGAUCGAUAAUAAUUAUUCAACCAGUGUGGCCAUGAAAUCCGCGACGGAACGCAAACGUGUGGAAUCCGUGAACGAAUCGAUCUCGGCCGAGUACACCUUUCAAGUAGAUGAUGAGAAGAAAGAAGAAGGAACUUGGAUAACCGUCCAAAAAAAGCGGAACAGAUAUCCCAAUAAGGAGGUUAGAAAGGGAGGAAGUACUAGUAUUGUAGGAAUCCAAGGAACAGAACGGAAGAAAUAUCUUCAUGUGUGGCGUUUGAAAAAGGAUACCUCAAUUGAAAGUAUCGAGAACCAUGUAAAAAAUAUUUGUGGAAAUAAUACUGAAAUUAAGGUUGAAAAGAUUAAACACAAGACGGAUAAAGAUUAUUCAUCAUUCAUUAUAACUGUUCCUGAAAGUCACUAUAAUGCCUUGAUUUCACCUGAAAAUUGGGCAGUAAAUAUAGAAUAUUGUGAAUGGGUAUGGUUUCGAAAAAACUAUAGUCGAACCAAAAAAUAAGGAACCCAUUAUAGAAGUGUUCUAUCAGAACGUCAGGGGGCUCAGAACCAAGACCCAAGAAUUUUAUACAAACUUGUUAUGUUCCUGCUCAGAUUUGUUCGCUAUUACAGAAACUGGAUGUAAUUCUGCUAUCCUCGACUCCGAAUUAAUCCCACCAGGCUAUUCCAUAAUUAGGUGCGAUCGUACAGACGGCCGUAAGCACGGCGGAGCGUGUUUAGUGGCCACACCGCGUCUUACGUUACGGCAAGUAUGUGUACCGAGUGACGUCAACAUAGACUGUCGAGCGUUCGAGCUGGCCGGUGCUGUGGUGUCUCGAUGCGAACGUUUUUUGUUUUUUGUAUGCGUAGUUUAUAUUCCUCCAGGUAGCAGUGACAAUGAAUAUUUAUUGUUAUUUAAUACUAUUGAAGAUUUUUGUAGUAAAUUUAAAAAGGUACUGGUUUUAGGCGAUUUUAAUUUGUAUUCGUGUAGUGGUACUGUACAGGAUUAUUUUGAAUAUUUUUUAUCAUACUGUGGAUUCACUCAGAGUAAUGGAAUAGAUAACGCCAACGGACGACAGCUUGAUCUCAUUUUAAGCAACUUGGACGAGCUGGAGGUGUGUGUACGCG